CAUCAGACCCUAUGGUCAUGUCAAACAAGAAUUGUCAAUGUCAAAUAAUGUCAAUAUCAACUAUUUGUGAUUGCUUGUUUUAACGUGUUUGCAAGUUGCAAAACUUUAUUUAAUUGUAUUUUAUUUAAAAACCCGUGUACAUAAGCUGUUAAAAUGAAUGCGCCACCAACAUUCGAAUCAUUUCUCUUAUACGAUGGAGAGAAAAAGGUCCAGAAAGAAGAAGACACAAAGGUGACCAAUGCGGCUAUAUUCACGGUUAACAAGGAAGAUCACACACUUGGCAACAUGAUCAGGCAUCAACUGCUAAAGGACCCAAAAGUCUUAUUUGCUGGAUACAAGGUACCUCAUCCACUGGAGCAUAAGUUUGUGUUGCGCAUCCAAACCACAUCGGAUUACACUCCCCAGGAAGCUUUUAUGAAUGCUAUUACUGACUUAACCUCUGAACUAUCACUGUUCGAGGAGAGAUUUAAGGAAGCCAUAAAGGAGAAGAAAGAAGGUUUAGACUAAAUAAAUUAAUAUUUUUCAGAUAAGAUUAUGAAUAAGUAAUAUUGUAAUAAUAAAAUAAAAUAUAAAAUGAUUUCAAAUAUUUAUCUCUUUUUAUUAGGGAUCCUCAAUGAAUUCAACAACCAUUAUAAUUUUAGAAAAAUUCCUUGUGGAUUUUUU